CGGGGGAAAUGGUCACAGUCUGGAGUCAGUCUGGUUAAAACUGCGUGAUGCAUCCUCACACCGCUCUCCGUUUGAUUCCUGCUGAACGCCGCCCGCGCUGCGCCAUUUUGAAAGUUUAAUACUGGGAGAGGCAGAGGCGAGGGAAAUCUCAAAGUAGAGUGCAAAGUCUAAAAUUCACUACUGAGGAUUGUCGAUUACUUUCGUUGCUUUAAAACUAUCCUGUGGCGUCUCUGUCAACUGGAAGAGGACUUGUACGGUCUUCGGAGUGACUAACACCACUCGCACGGUUUAGUCCUCCACUGCUCCACGGUCAGAACCACCCAGCCGACCCGGGUCAGCACUGCUCCGGUCCAGGCAGGGCCCGAGCCCGCUACAGAAACACCCUCUGUCUGAGUCGCUCACCAUGGCAGGGGCCGGUGGUGGGAACAGUGAUUUGCAGUGGUGCUUUUCCCAAGUCAAAGGAGCGAUCGAUGAUGAUAUCGCUGAAGCUGACAUCAUAUCUACUGUUGAAUUCAACCACUCUGGGGAGCUACUAGCCACUGGGGACAAGGGGGGACGUGUUGUCAUCUUUCAGCAGGAGCCAGAGAGUAAGAAUCAGCCACAGUGUCGAGGAGAGUACAAUGUUUACAGCACCUUCCAGAGCCACGAGCCUGAGUUUGACUACCUGAAAAGCCUUGAGAUUGAGGAGAAGAUCAACAAGAUUCGAUGGUUGCCUCAGAAGAACGCAGCACAGUUCCUAUUGUCUACAAAUGACAAAACCAUAAAGCUGUGGAAAAUCAGUGAGCGUGACAAGAGACCAGAGGGUUACAAUCUGAAGGAAGAAGAUGGGCGAUACAGAGAUUUCAAUACUGUCACAACACUACGGGUACCAGUAUUCAGGCCCAUGGACUUGAUGGUGGAAGCCAGCCCUAGACGAGUGUUUGCGAAUGCUCACACCUACCAUAUCAACUCCAUCUCAGUCAACAGUGAUUGUGAGACCUACCUGUCUGCAGAUGACCUGCGCAUUAACCUCUGGAAUCUGGAGAUCACUGAUCGCAGCUUUAAUAUUGUUGACAUUAAGCCAGCCAACAUGGAGGAGUUGACGGAGGUGAUCACAGCAGCAGAGUUCCACCCGAACCAAUGCAACACUUUUGUCUACAGCAGCAGCAAGGGCACCAUCCGCCUGUGUGACAUGAGGGCAUCGGCACUGUGUGACAAGCACUCCAAAUUGUUUGAAGAGCCAGAGGAUCCAAACAACCGUUCAUUCUUUUCUGAAAUCAUCUCAUCCAUCUCUGACGUAAAGUUCAGCCACAGCGGACGCUACAUGAUGACCCGCGACUACCUGACUGUCAAAAUCUGGGAUCUCAACAUGGAGUCCCGGCCAGUAGAGACAUAUCAGGUGCAUGAAUAUCUCAGGAGUAAGUUGUGUUCGCUCUACGAGAAUGAUUGCAUCUUCGACAAGUUUGAGUGCUGUUGGAAUGGGAACGACAGCGUUGUGAUGACCGGUUCCUACAACAACUUCUUCAGGAUGUUUGACAGAGGCUAUCGACAGGACAUUACUUUAGAGGCGUCGCGGGAGAACAGCAAGCCUCGAUCGAUCCUGAAACCUCGCAAAGUAAGCACAGGUGGGAAACGCAAAAAGGAUGAGAUCAGUGUAGACAGUCUGGACUUUAACAAGAAGAUCCUCCACACUGCCUGGCAUCCACUGGACAACAUCAUCGCUGUGGCCACCACCAACAAUCUGUACAUAUUCCAAGAAAAACUGAACUAGCAUUUGUUGAACCGCUCAGAUCCCAGUUUCUGCUUGAGCCCCACUGCUCCGAUACACAUAUACAAACUGUCUGUCUCUUUGCCUAAAUCCCCAAGUCUUGAUAUGAUCUGCCCUUGGUGAUUUUAGUAUUGAAUGUGACAAGACCUACUCUGUCAGUGGCAUUAAAACAUCUAAGCAGGCCAUCACAGGCACAUGUUACAAAUAUAAACAAGCAGUUUGUAGAUCUGAGCCCAGAAUUUGGGAUCUAGUAUUUUGGGUAUUCUCCAUCAGGACCACUUCAUUCACCAAGCUACUGUUUGCAACUCCACUACAUCCCAUACCAAAGGGAAAAUGUGUUAAAUACACAUGUUUGGGUAGUUUCUUUCAUUAUUCUUUUGUGCCAUUUUGACAUGAUUCAUUUGUAUGUCACAGCUACCAAUUGUUAAGUUUUAGUGGCUGCCAUCUUUUAUUAGUUUGAAUAGGAAAUCUGUUCUACUUUUUCUGCGUCUUUCUGUCACCAAGUUCCUUUUGGUACUGGCCUGAAACACUGCUAAUACAAGCUGUCUACACUCCAUGUUUGCCCCAGGUAUUUGUCAAGUUGCCAAGUUCACUUGCCACUUCUUUCUUGAUGUACAGUGCAGUUAUGUUGUUAAAGGACUAUUCUAGUGUUUUGUUCUAGCUCAUUCUCUAGAAAUAGUGUAUAACUUACAUUACUGCUAACUGUUGUCCAUAGCACACCAAUAUUUAUUAGAUCAAAUUUUGCACUUGAAGUUAGGUGAAGGUGAUCUGACGAGGAGACUGAAAUCUACUUUUCAGGUGCAACGUAGAGAUUGUGAUAUUCAAUAACCGAUUACUUCUGUUCCCAAACUUCACACAACAGAACCGUGCUACAUGAACAAAACAGCACAUUGAUGUAACCACUAGAUGGCUGUGUUAACUGAGCGAGUCAUUUCACAGUGCUCUUCUUGGGUGAAGUAUUGUAAACAAUGUAACCUGACUUUCAGCUCGAUGCAUUGCAGAUGAGGAAUUUGUGCCAAAAAAGAGCUUUGAUGCACUAUUGUGUCCUAAUGGUGCACAUUCAGAAGGAUUUUUCCAUAUCUGGCUGUAGUCUAAAGGGCAUUUCAAAGCUGAGACAUAAAGACUGCAAUUUGGAUUUGUGGUAUUACUUCUUGGCCAGAUCACUUGCCCUUCCAUCAAGGCAGUCACUGGUUUACAUUAAUUUCUCUACAGUAAGAGAGUCAACUGACUGAAAACCGUCUUGACUUGUAUUCCAUCAAAAUGAACUAUUUGUUGUCUUUGAUUAAGUGGAAGUAACUGUCCAGUGAUAACACAGCUGCAAGCAGGAAAAACUCUGCAUGCACAUUCAAGCGUACAAUAACAUCUGACACUAGAAUUAAGUUUCUUUCCCUGUUACUUAAAGGAACAGUUCACCAAAAAUGAAAACUCAGUCGUUAUCUACUCACCACAAUGCUAAUGGAAAGUUGUGUGAAGCUUCACAGCAAAACAACCGGGGGCCUGUUUGAAAACAUAAAAAAAAAAAAAAAAUGUCUCAACUCACUUCAUCCAAGUCUCUAAAAGCCUGAAAUUAAUUGAUCAGAUGUUAUUAGCAAUUUCUUAAGCCAAAAUCUUCACCCUAGCCUGCAAGAUAAAAGCAUUAGCGUGGGUCAUCUCCGAAGCAUCGAUGUAAUAAAUAUUUAUACAGUGUCUGAGCCAAAGCCCUGUUCAUUCCUAUGAUGGUUGCUCAGUUGCACUUGAAGCCAAAAAGUUAAACUUCCUUUCUGUAAAGUUAUCCAGUUUAGCUCCCCGCUAACUUAAACUGGCACAUAUUCUGCUAAGAGUUAUUCCAUGGGCUUGUGAUGCUCAAAACAUGUUUUAUUCACAGUUUGACAGCUGCUUCCUUUACAAGGUAAGCUAACAAGAAAAGUAUUUUUUGGCUGAUGUGCAUCAUGUGAAGUUGUAAUUACAUUGUCUGGCCACAAAUUGGCUUACACACAAGCUGUUCAAAUCUAUUUUGAUUCUCUGGGCUUUAGUAGAAUUGCAUGAGCUGUAUUGAGCCAUUUUGUGUUGUUUUUGGUUGUUUUUUAAAUUUGAAAGUCCCCAGCUACUUCAGUGCUUUUGAAUGGUGUUUUGCUGUGACGCUCCAGAAAUGUUUUGUGGACUACAAAACUGAUUUUCCAUCUGCAUGUGGGUGAGUAGACAUUGACAAAAUUUCAUUUGCAGGUGAAUUUAUCCUUUCAUGUUUGUUUUAUGGAUUAGAGUUUUUGAUAAAGUGGCUUGUAAAAAAAGCUUUUCUGACUAGUUGAAGCUCAAAACUGUUAUCCUGUAGUGUCAGAGUCAGGUUUUCUAAACAAUCCAAGGUCUCGGCUGCAUAACAAAAACCAGACAUAACUUACCUCAAGCAAGAUUCCAGUUUGUAAGUUGAUUUCCCUUGUGUAUUAAAAAUGGUUGCAUUUGGGUAAAAUGGAGAGCAGUAAUGUUAAGGCUAUUUCUAAUUAAUGGCCAAAAGCACAAGUGUUGUCCUUUUAACAGUGAGAGUGAUGUGCGCACACAGUCAUCAGAUAUUGUGGUUUUGGGAGUUGAAAGGGGGCUAAUCAUGCCAAAGUAACCAGUCCUAUACAGAGUUAUAUUCAUUUACAGCUGGUGGAGACUGGUCACCCUUGCACAUGUAUGGACCACCAUAUGAAGCUCAGGACAAAAGCUUAUAUACGUGGAAGGGUGUGAUGUAGCCGCUGUCGGCUUCCCCACAAAGCUGGUUAUAUUGUGUUGCUGCAGAUUGAUCGGCCGCUUUACCCUCUGGAUCUAGUUUCUGUUUGUAGUCUUUUUUUUAUUUUAUUUUAUUUUAUUUUUUAAAUGAUGUUUUGUACUGUACCUGAUGAUAAAAGAAUCACUAUAGCUGAUUUAUUUUUGUAUAAAUUAAGGCAAUAGGAUUACAGUCUGAUCACUGUAGUUUCUUUAGCUGUCUGUCUCAGACUGAUUGUAGAUGGAAGGUUGCUUGAUUGAGAGGGAACCUUGUCAUGACUUUGGGAUGUAACAUUCUGGCAGGUAUUUCUCUCUCCGAGUGUUUUUGUGACAUCAAGGAAAUGUUUGUUCUCACAUGGGAUGUCCAAAGAAAAGUAUUUUCAGGUGUCAGUAAGCACUAUAACAGUUUAUUUUUUUAAUUUGGCUGACUGUAACUGAUGUUCAUGUACGUAUUUGAAAGCUUCAGAGUCUGAGUUAAUGUGGAUCCUCUGUUUUUGUGCCAUGGUUUUGUUUGAUGAAUUGUUUCGCUCGCUGUGAAAGAAUAGGCCCAGGUGGGUCUAAAUGGGAAAGGCAUUUUAAUCAACGUGAAAUGUUAAAACUGGUAAAUCAAGCUCUCUCUAAAGCUAGUCAAGUCGGUUGACUAGGCUGAGUUGCUGAUUUUGAAUUAUUGUAUAAAAAGGUCUUCUCUCUCCUGUGAUCCAGGAGAUUAUGGACUUGUUUAUUUAAAAAGGAGAAUUUGUGAAGCACUUAGUUUGCAGAUGAUUGCUGUAUGGAAGCGGUUGUUGAUGACCGUAUUGAACAUGGUAAAUGAACACUCUUCUACACUAUGCUUCAGUCACAUGCUGCCAAUUCUCUCCUGGAGCCAUCAGGUUGAAUAUAGCACAGUUUUCCACUUCAUUAGAAUCACAUUUUGAUGACAGAUUAAACCAUUGAAUUAGGGCGUGAAGCUUAGUUGUCCACUGGAUCAUAAUUAUGUAAGUUUAUGUGUCACUGUUACAUAAGAGGACUGAUUUCCAGUCACUAGGAUGCCACCAAAAUCCCACCAGACUCCAUACAGUGGUAUGAAGCUACUGUUGAGUUUCGCUCCCUCAGGGCUUUGGGUAAUGACCACAAGUAAUGAGACACUUUUCCUGAUUUCUAGAUUUUCUAAAAUUCUGCAGCGUUUGGGAAACCAACUUUUCUUUAUUGUCAUUAAAACUGGGUGUGUGAGUGUCAUUCAAGUUUUUUGCCUCAUGGUUUUUUUUUCUCCAUUUUUCCAUUAACCUGUAUAAUGUGGCGCCUUUGUCCCGUUCUGCGGUCAAGGAUGAUCCAGUAAGUUAGCCAGCGAUCGUCAAUGACACGGCCUGUUGAAAGAUGUGAGAAAGGUUUUUAAAAAUGGAAACAUCUGCAAAUAUUCAAUCAAAAGUGGACAUAUUCUCAUAACAUCAGCUUUUUAAAAGAAAUCCCAUCUUUGCAAAACCCAAAAUGCCAGAGCAUUCGCUAACAUUCAUAAAUGAUGAACAACUAACCAACAGUCUUUCCCCUUUCCGCUCAUAUUGUCUUCAUAGCUGUUGUUCCAAGGUUAAACUACCAACAUAUUCACACCAGAGCCCUAAUGCCUUUUUUAUCGCAUUAAUAAGAAAAAAGAUAAUCAAGUAUGUUUCUUGAACUCUCUGGAGACUGCUCAGGGGAAUCUACCGCUGCUCUGUGAUCAAAACCUUGUAUCUUCAGAAGAAAAAAAAGCAGCAUUUCAGGACUUAAUCAAAAACUGCCUUAUUGACAGGUAGAUCAAACACUUUUAGGAAUUGAAGUUGCUGUAAUUGUUUUUUGUCAUGAAAUUUAAAGGAAAACUGUCUAAAUUGGAGCUAUGAGGUUUUUCCACUGAAAGCAGCAUUGUAUAUGUCUGAUGUAUCACAGGAGUUAAAACAAAAAUGCACUUUUUAUUUUUGUGAAGUUCAUUAAUUUGUAUGUUUUUUUUUUUUUGGUUUUUUUUUUCAAGGGGCUCUUGAAUAAAGAUUGUAGGAGGGUUUUUGGUGAUCUGUUUUGGGGAAAUGAAACUACAAAUGGUUCAUUGUACAGCUAAGUUUAUCUUUGUCAAAUGGAAUAAAGUUCAAUUUAGAUGAAAAGUAAUAAAGAAUUUCAAACCUAA